CACAAAUGCCCAUUUUUCCUCUGGUUUUAGUUUGAAGUUGUAAUCCUAAAAAAAAAAAAAAAAGGAGAGAGAGAAUGCAUGGGAGUGAGAGUUGUAGUAGUGGUGCUUUUGAAGAAGCUAGGAUGGUGGUGAGGAAGUUCUUGGCUAGGCCACAGCAUGAAGGUGCAGGAGCUGUUGUGAGAAGAAGCAUAGGCAGGUUUGAGUUGAGAUACUUUGAUCCUUUUCUUGUUUUGGAUGAAUUCUCAGUUACUGCCCCUGCUGGAUUUCCUGAUCAUCCACAUAGAGGAUUUGAGACAGUCACCUAUAUGCUGCAGGGAGCUGUUACACAUGAAGACUUUGAAGGGCAUAAGGGCACUAUAGGGCCCGGUGACCUCCAAUGGAUGACUGCAGGAAGAGGAAUUGUUCAUUCAGAAAUGCCUGCGGCACAAGGAACCCAAAAGGGUCUACAGCUGUGGAUUAAUCUCUCCUCCAAACAUAAAAUGAUUGAACCAAGGUAUCAAGAGAUAUUGAGCAAGAACAUUGCAGAAGCAACAGAAGGUGGAAUCAAGGUUAGAGUCAUAGCUGGCGAGGCACUGGGGAUAAAGUCACCAAUCUACACUAGGACCCCAACAAUGUAUCUUGAUUUCACCCUCAAAUCUGGAGCUCACCUUCAGCAACCAAUACCAGUAUCCUGGAAUGCGUUUGUUUAUGUCUUGGAAGGUGAAGGUGUCUUUGGCAGUUCAAAAUCUCAACCGGUAACCGCACACCAUAUUCUCCUUCUGGGAUCUGGAAAUGGUUUGGAGGCAUGGAACAAAUCCUCUAAACCGCUGAGGUUCAUUCUGGUUGGAGGUGAACCACUAGGAGAGCCUUUAGUGCAGGUUGGACCAUUUGUGAUGAACACUCAAGAAGAGAUUGAUCAAACAGUAGAUGAUUUUGAGAAUUUCACUAAUGGAUUUGAGAAAGCCAGGCACUGGAGAUCUGGAGCUGCUACUGGCGUUGAAUUUUGAUUCUUGUCUCAUUUAAAACUUCUGAGAAAAUCAGAAAUGAAGAUUUUUAAGGUCCUUAUCACUACAUUUAGAGACCCUUUUUUAUAAUCUAGAAAGUAAAAAGGCACCUUUGAAUGUGAGGUGUGACCUCUCAUCCUUGUUAUUGAGAACUAUCUUAAAUUUAAGGGUUAAUUUAUUGUAGUCUGAAAUAGUACAGACCACAUUAAACAUUUCUGACAUGA